UCAAUACUCCGUAUUACGUUACAAUGAAGAAACCGUUCAACUUAAAAGCAGAAACUGAAACCUCUCUAUUUUCAUCUCCUUUUCCAUAGACAAGACAACACUACGGAAGAAGAGCAAAGAAGCAAAGAGGAAGAUCAGAAGAAAGCGAAAAUGGCUACACUUAGGCUACCGGAACUCAUUCCUUCUCCAACACAAGACUGCGAAACGCUCAUGAAAGCAUUCAAAGGACUGGGAACUGAGGAGAAAGAAAUCGUAAGGGUUUUGGGGCACAGAAAUGCAAGCCAAAGGAAGCAGAUCAGAGAAGCCUAUCAGCAGCUUUACAACAAAUCCCUUAUUGAUGAUCUUAGCUCAGAGUUAUCUGGUGAUUUCAUGGAAGCUGUGAUUCUGUGGACAUAUGAUCCUCCUGAAAGAGAUGCAAGGCUGGUAAAUAAGGCUUUGAAGUCGACGAAGGAAGGCAUAGAAGGAUUACAAGUAAUUGUCGAGAUAGCCUGUGCUUCAUCCCCUGAGCAUCUGGCUGCUGUAAAGCGUGCAUACUGCUCUCUUUUUGAUUGUUCAAUCGAAGAAGACAUCACGGAAAGCAUCUCUUUGCCCUUGAAGAAGGUUCUGGUUGGUUUGGUAAGUUCCUACAGGUAUGACAAAGAGGUGGUGGAUAUUCCUACUGCAAAUCUAGAUGCUGCUAAGCUUCACGAAGCCAUCCAAACACAACAACUGGACAAUGAUGAUGUUGUUUUUAUACUCUGUGCGAGGAAUGUUUUUCAGCUUCGUGCAUCUUUUUUGUGCUACGAACAAAACUAUCAAUAUUCCAUUGAUCACCAUAUUAAGAGUUGCGGCGAAGGCCCUUUGGAAUCUAUCUUGAAGUUAGCCAUCUGGUGCAUUGACUCCCCAGCGAAACAUUUUGCUGAGGUUUUGAGAGCCUCGGUGCUUGGGCUAGGAACGGACGAGGAUUCCCUCACCCGAACCAUUGUAACUCGCGCCGAGAUUGAUCUGGCAAAAGUUAGAGGGGAAUAUGACAAGAUAACCACAUCUUCUGGUCUUGAUCAAGCUGUUGCAGAUGACACAUCAGGGGACUACAAAGAUUUCUUGAUGACCCUCCUUGGUGCCGAAGUCUAGUUUUCUGCAUUUAAUUUGCCACUUUGAAGAUGGUAGUUGACUCUGAUAGUUUAUAAACAUUUCUUAAACUACAAUAUCCUCUUUCUUGCAUUUCUUACUAGCUAUUCUGACCUAAUUCUAUACUGCCUAGAGCAAAAACAAAAUUUCUGGGGAAGACACUUCUCUUUUUCUUGUGCA